AUGCGCGUUACUCAGGUCAUCGCGGCCCUUGCGCCGAUCGGUCUCGUCGCCGCUGGUCCUCUUCAUGGUCACUCACGCCAUACUCAUCUUCAUCAUCUCCACCAUCGCUCUGUUGCCAACGGCACUCUUUCCAACUACACUACCGCAGAUACUGCCAACUCUACGAUCUAUGCUGAUCACGUUUCAUACGAGACAUCCACAGUCAAUGUUGCUGCUAACUUUGCAGAUGGUACUGAUGCCAGCUCUGCUAGCUCAGUAGUAGCCUCAAGCACCAUCUCAAAAUCAAGCAGCAUCUUCUCAACUACUGCGCAGUCAGAAACUGCUUCCUCAACUUUGUCACUCACUUCCGAUGGUUCGUAUGCGAGCGGGUCUCCUUCGAACUCAUCAUUGGCUUCUUUGAACAUCACAUCCGCCAUUCCUUCCGACGUAUCUGUUUCGGUUGUCCUUGCUGUCGCAGCCACCACGCCUACUGCUGUCGGCGCACUUUCUCAGAAGGUUGAUACCACCACCAGCGUUUCCGUCGACACUGUCUACAACACAGUGACUGUCAACGGCGCUGUCACCACCGCAUCUGCAAGUGAGAAGACCGUCACCGUCACUGACGUGGUCACCNAACUAUGUCACUGCCACCUUCUCGGCAUUGACCCCUUCAAGGCUCCUGCCAUCAAGGUUGCUGCUCUCUCCUCUGGAUCUUCCUGCGCGGCUAUUAAGACUAGCAUCGUCUACCUUCCCGCCAGCCAGUCGCCAACUCUUGUGGCUGGAGGAUCUUCUGUCAGCAAGGUGGCUUCUUCUUCCAAGGCUACCAGCCAAACCACUGUCAGGUAUGUGUCUCCGUCCGCUUCGAAGUCUAGUUCUUCCUCCCUCAAAAAGUCGAGUACAUCUUCCAAAAAGACGAGCACCUCUACCGUGGAACCCGUGUCCACCAAGAAAACAAGCACUUCUGUCAAGAUUUUGAGCACAUCAAGCAAGAAAACAAGCACAUCUUCCAAGCAGACUGUUGCUUCAUCUGCUAAGAAAAUCCUCAGCACUUCCUCGAGCAAGAAGGUUACUAGCACUUCGUCCAGCAAGAAGGUUUCCAGCAGCUCUUCCACCAAGAAGGCUACCACAUCUUCUGGCAAGCCAAGCACUUCUUCCAAGCCUACCACUUUGAUCUCAAUGUCUUCUUUGGCUCAGAAGGGCGUUACUACCAAGAGUGUCGUCACCACUUCCAGCGUCCCGGUCUUGGUCUCUGGCACCAGCUAUAAGACCUCCUCAUCUGCCAAGUCUUCCAGCAAGAGCGCUUCCAGUUCUGCAAAGGCUAGCUCGUCUUCCUGCGCUACUGUUGCACCUCCUGCUUCUACCCAGACUGGUAUCGUGUCUGGCUGCACCAAGUGGUACACUGCCAAGUCUGGCGACUACUGCAAUGCUAUUGCUUCGGCAAACGGCAUUUCCACCGAUACUUUCAUUCUUUUCAAGACUAACACGGAACAGGNNGUCGGAUACGCAUACUGUGUCGCCGCAGGCNUGUGGCAGCUCCAGCACCUCCUCCUCAGCCGCCAAAUCGUCCAUCGCAACCACCAAGACUUCUGCCCAGGGCUCUACCCCACAACCGCAGCUUCCACCUCUGCAGCCUCGUCCACCGCCAUCGCAUCCACCGCAUACAAGAUGUACACCGGCAACGGCACCGUCGCCGCCGGCUGGCCCUCAGUCUCGCAAUGGAUAUCCUUUGACGCCAUGUUCACCGCCAACAUCCCCAUCAUGCAACAAUCGUGUGCAAACAAUGGCUGGGGCGCCAACAACUCCNCCACCGAAAUCGCCGACAUUAAAGCUUCCAUCCAGAAAGUGUCUGCCUCGUCGGGCGUGGAUCCUCGCUUCAUUCUCGCUAUUGUGAUGCAAGAAAGCAAUGGUUGCGUGCGUGUGGUCACUACCUCAUGGAGUGUGGCUAACCCUGGCUUGAUGCAAGACCACGCCGGCAGUGGCACCUGCAAUUCCGGCGGCGUGAUCCAAGACCCUUGUCCUGCGUCUGAAAUCGAGCAAAUGAUUGUCGACGGCACUACUGGCACAGCUUCUGGCGAUGGACUUGUGCAGUGUCUUAGCCAAGCUGCUGUUACAGAUGACAGCAAGUAUUACCGUGCUGCGCGCAUCUACAAUGGAGGCUUUAGUGGCUACCAUGCUGAUGAUUUGGGCACUGGAUGCUGUACGCUUUGCUAUGCUUCCGAUGUUGCCAACAGACUCACUGGGUGGAGUUCUGGAACCAGUGGGUGUCAUUUGACGUCGUAG